ACUCCGCAGAAGAAGAGGAAAAAAGAGAGAAGAAGAAGACCGGAAGGGAGAUAUUUGUUCCGGGGCGAGCUGUUCGUCACAACGUCGUGUCGGAGAUUUCAGUUUGUCGGAUUUAAAAUCUUCUACAGAUAAAACAUGUACGACCAGGACGAAGAUAAUCAAUACGAUGAGGACGAUGAUGAAAUUACCCCAGAUUUGUGGCAGGAAGCUUGUUGGAUUGUCAUCAGCUCUUAUUUUGACGAGAAGGGUCUGGUGCGCCAGCAGCUGGAUUCGUUUGAUGAAUUCAUCCAGAUGUCGGUUCAGAGGAUUGUGGAGGAUGCUCCGCCCAUCGACCUACAGGCUGAAGCACAGCACACCUCAGGAGAAGUGGAGGAGCCGCCUCGUUACUUGCUGAAGUUUGAGCAAAUCUACCUGUCCAAGCCCACCCACUGGGAGAGAGACGGAGCUCCGUCUCCCAUGAUGCCCAAUGAAGCCCGACUACGAAACCUCACGUACUCAGCCCCUCUGUACGUUGACAUCACAAAGACCAUCAUAAAGGAGGGUGAGGACCAGCUGCAGACUCAGCACCAGAAGACCUUCAUUGGAAAAAUUCCCAUCAUGCUUCGCUCCACCUACUGUCUGCUGAGUGGCCUGACAGACCGAGAUCUGUGCGAGCUCAACGAGUGUCCACUUGACCCCGGAGGUUAUUUCAUCAUCAACGGCUCUGAGAAGGUGCUGAUUGCUCAAGAAAAAAUGGCCACCAACACGGUGUAUGUGUUUGCAAAGAAGGACUCAAAGUACGCCUACACAGGCGAGUGUCGAUCCUGUUUGGAGAACUCUUCCCGUCCCACCAGCACCAUCUGGGUCAGCAUGAUGGCCAGAGGAGGACAGGGAGUGAAAAAGAGUGCCAUUGGUCAAAGGAUUGUGUCCACGCUGCCCUACAUCAGACAGGAAGUUCCCAUCAUCAUUGUCUUUCGAGCACUCGGCUUUGUGUCGGACAGAGACAUCCUAGAACACAUCAUAUAUGACUUUGACGACCCUGAGAUGAUGGAGAUGGUGAAGCCAUCUCUGGAUGAAGCGUUUGUGAUCCAGGAGCAGAAUGUGGCGUUGAACUUCAUUGGUUCCAGAGGAGCCAAACCUGGCGUGACAAAAGAACGACGAAUAAAAUAUGCCAAAGAAGUUCUGCAGAAAGAGAUGCUGCCACAUGUCGGAGUCAGCGACUUCUGUGAGACCAAGAAGGCCUAUUUCUUAGGGUACAUGGUCCACAGGCUGCUGCUGGCUGCUCUCGGUAGACGAGAGCUGGAUGACAGAGAUCACUAUGGCAACAAGAGGCUGGACCUCGCCGGGCCGCUAUUAGCCUUCUUGUUCAGAGGCAUGUUUAAGAAUCUGCUGAAGGAGAUCCGGAUUUACGCUCAGAAGUUCAUUGACAGAGGAAAAGACUUCAAUCUGGAGCUUGCCAUUAAAACCAGAAUCAUCUCAGACGGCCUGAAGUACUCGCUGGCUACCGGAAACUGGGGCGAUGUGAAAAAGGCUCACCAGGCCCGAGCUGGAGUGUCACAAGUGUUAAACCGCCUGACCUUUGCAUCCACUCUGUCACACCUCCGCCGUGUCAACUCCCCGAUUGGCCGAGACGGCAAAUUGGCCAAACCCAGACAGCUGCACAACACACUGUGGGGAAUGGUGUGUCCUGCUGAGACACCUGAGGGUCAUGCUGUCGGUCUGGUGAAGAACUUGGCCCUCAUGGCCUACAUCUCUGUGGGCUCUCAGCCCUCUCCCAUUCUGGAGUUUCUGGAGGAGUGGAGUAUGGAGAACCUCGAAGAGAUCUCACCUGCUGCCAUCGCAGAUGCCACUAAGAUCUUUGUUAACGGCUGCUGGGUCGGAAUCCACAAAGAUCCCGAACAGCUGAUGAACACAUUGAGGAAGCUCCGCAGACAGAUGGACAUCAUCGUGUCCGAGGUGUCGAUGAUAAGAGACAUCAGAGAGCGUGAGAUCAGAAUUUAUACAGAUGCUGGACGAAUCUGUCGACCGCUGCUGAUUGUUGAAAAACAGAAACUACUGCUAAAGAGACGACACAUUGACCAGCUGAAGGAGAGAGAGUACAACAACUACAGCUGGCAGGACUUGGUGGCAAGUGGCGUGGUGGAGUACAUUGACACUUUGGAGGAGGAGACAGUGAUGCUCGCCAUGACCCCAGACGACCUCCAGGAGAAGGGUGUGGCCUACUGCUCAACCUACACACAUUGUGAGAUCCACCCCUCCAUGAUCCUUGGAGUCUGUGCUUCCAUCAUUCCCUUCCCCGACCACAACCAGUCUCCCAGGAACACAUACCAGUCUGCUAUGGGUAAACAAGCCAUGGGUGUCUACAUCACCAACUUCCAUGUACGAAUGGACACACUGGCUCACGUGUUGUACUACCCUCAGAAACCGCUGGUCACCACCCGAUCCAUGGAAUACCUGCGCUUCAGAGAACUGCCUGCAGGUAUCAACUCCAUUGUUGCGAUUGCCUCAUACACAGGCUACAACCAGGAGGACUCAGUGAUCAUGAACCGGUCGGCAGUAGAUCGAGGCUUCUUCAGGUCUGUCUUCUAUCGAUCCUACAAAGAGCAAGAGUCUAAGAAAGGUUUUGACCAGGAAGAAAUUUUUGAGAAGCCGACACGUGAAACCUGCCAAGGUAUGAGGCACGCCAUCUAUGACAAGCUUGACGACGAUGGGCUCAUUGCACCUGGUGUCCGUGUCUCUGGCGAGGAUGUUAUCAUCGGGAAGACAGUGACGCUGCCAGAGAACGAUGAUGAGCUGGACAGCACCAACCGACGCUACACCAAGAGAGACUGUAGCACUUUUCUGAGAACCAGUGAGACCGGCAUUGUGGACCAGGUGAUGGUGACUCUGAAUCAGGAGGGCUACAAGUUCUGCAAGAUCCGGGUUCGCUCAGUCCGAAUUCCUCAGAUCGGAGACAAGUUUGCCAGCCGACAUGGACAGAAGGGAACCUGUGGGAUCCAGUACAGACAAGAGGACAUGCCAUUCACCUGCGAGGGAAUUACUCCAGACAUCAUUAUUAACCCUCACGCCAUCCCCUCUAGAAUGACAGUGGGCCAUCUGAUUGAGUGUCUGCAGGGCAAGGUCUCUGCGAACAAAGGCGAGAUUGGUGAUGCCACGCCUUUUAACGAUGCUGUCAAUGUACAGAAAGUGUCGAACCUGCUGUCAGAAUAUGGAUACCACCUGAGAGGAAAUGAGGUUCUGUAUAACGGCUUCACUGGGAGGAAGCUGACAUCUCAGAUCUUCAUUGGCCCAACUUACUAUCAGCGUCUGAAGCACAUGGUGGACGACAAGAUCCACUCAAGGGCCCGGGGCCCCGUCCAGAUCCUCAACAGGCAGCCCAUGGAGGGACGGUCACGUGAUGGCGGCCUGCGGUUUGGGGAGAUGGAGCGUGACUGUCAGAUUGCUCAUGGAGCAGCUCAGUUCCUUCGAGAACGUCUGUUCGAGGCAUCUGAUCCAUAUCAGGUUCAUGUGUGUAACCUAUGUGGACUGAUGGCCAUCGCCAACACGCGGACACACACGUAUGAGUGUCGAGGCUGCCGCAACAAGACACAGAUCUCUCUGGUCCGGAUGCCCUAUGCCUGUAAGCUUCUCUUCCAGGAGUUGAUGUCAAUGAGCAUUGCUCCUCGUAUGAUGACAUCAUAGUGUGGCACAGCGAAUCACAUGCGCCUGUGGGCUUAAAAUGUGACAACAGCAGGAAGUGAAUGAUGAUGAAGUAGAAUUUUGAUGUUUUUAUAGUUUCACAUUGUCUCACUUUAUUUUGUUACAAGGCAAAUAAAUUUGAAUUUGUUCUCUCA